UUGAGCCGUCCUCACGUACCUUUCGCGCUCACACCCAGUACAGUGAACACAUAUACACAUGUACAUGAUAAUCGUAUUUUAGGUGGCUCCCGCGAUACCGGUUUUUGUCGCUGUAACCAAAAUAAUUGCACCUGUGGAUCAAAUCUCCGAAAUGUAAUAGAGGCGAACGGAUACCUUCGACGUGUAAAAUAUUUCGCGUUGGAUUACUUGCCACAAGUAUUUUGAUAAGCUGCUACAACAGAUCUUCACUAUAAACGAAAAAUGGCUGCAAAAUACCUGACCCCCCAGCAAGGACUGGGGUUCCUGGGGCUCUUCAUCCUGCUAUGUUCGGCGGUAUUGGGCAAGUCUCAAAUGUGUGAAGUGGAAACCGGCCAAACCAACAUUAUUCUGGACGUUGAAGAGAGCCGAGAAUCAUUUAUUGGACAGCCGACAAAUCCGCCAGAGCUUCCAAUUUUUGGCGAUCCAGAGACGGAAAUCGCUCUCAAUUUGGUCUUCCCGAAAGGCCAGCCAAUUUUUCAGCUAAAUGGCAAGAAAUUACAACUACUUCAGCCAUUGGAUCGAGAUGAGGAAAAUCUCAGUCAUAUUGUCUUCCAGGUUUCCUGCACCGUCCGAUCGACGAGCAAGAAGCGCAACAUUCCCAUUAUAGUCCGGGUGUCGGACAUAAACGACAACGCGCCGCGUUUCAUGAACACGCCCUAUGAGGUUACCGUUCCCGAGAGCACACCUGUGGGAACUACAAUUUUCCGAAACAUACAAGCCCUCGAUAAGGAUGCAGGUGUUAAUGGGUUAGUGGAAUACUUCAUUGCCGAGGGCCAUGUAAAUGCCACUGAUGAGGAGAAGUUCAGUGCCGAUGGAUAUGGCACAUUUUCUAUAUCGUUUCCACAUCAGGGACAGGUCACGGUUGCCAAGACAUUGGACUAUGAAAAAAUCCACAGAUAUUACCUUACGAUUAUUGCUUCGGAUCGAGCCCGCAACGUCGCCGAUCGUCUUUCUUCAACCACCACGUUGACGGUCAAUAUUGCCGAUUCGAACGACUUGGAUCCAUCGUUUAUAUACAGCGGCUGCGUCUCCUUGGACGGAGCCUGCAUAAAUCCGGAGUACACUGCAUCCGUGCCAGCCGGUUCUUUACUGGGGGUGCUGACAGUUCUGCCAGAACGAAUCCAGGCAGUGGAUUUGGACACCAUAGGAUCGCCUAUACGUUACAGCUUUGCCAGUGGCAUGCCGGGAAACUAUGCGGAUUAUUUCCAGAUCGAUGAGAACACGGGAGUUCUUAAGCAAACAAAAGCCAUCGACACUUCCACGGCCAAGAAGUACGACAUUAUUGUUAAGGCCGAGGAAGUAGCCCCCGGACUGAGGCGGUUUACCACGGCCAAACUGGCGAUUGCCGUAAAGCCGGUGGACGCCAACCCACCUGUAAUCUCAUCCUCGGCCAUCGAGGGUUAUGUGGAGGAAAACUCAGCCGUGGGAACGAGGGUCUUGGACGCGAACGGAAACCCAAUAUCGUUCAAAACCACAGAUGCCGACCUAAGUGACACGGAUCCGAAACCUGAUUACAUCUACGAACUGACCACGCCGUCGUUUAAUGUGACUAGCGAUGGGGUUUUGGUGGUGAACGAGGACAACCUCGACCGCGACCCCCCCUCGCCGGGACGUUUCAAGUUUCAGGUUGUGGCCCGGGAGCCGCGCACCAAUGCCGCCAGUGCUCCGUUGAGCCUAACAGUUCACCUAAAGGAUGUGAACGACAAUGCCCCUAAGCUGGCGAUGGUUCCCCCGAUUUCCAUAACCGCCGGGGAUCAGAGCGAGAGCCGACUGGUCACCCAGGUGGUAGCCACUGACAACGACGAGGGACCCAAUGCCGUGGUCACCUACACGAUCUAUCAUGUGUCCAACAAUGGCAUUCAAAAGUUUACCAUCGACCGGGAGACGGGUGAGAUUCGAACCCAAGGGCGUUUGCUGGCAGGAGAGCAAUAUAGCAUCACUGUCCAGGCCACCGACAUCGGAGGACUUUCCUCGCAGGCGAUCGUGGAGGUGAGUGUCACUCCAGGACCGAACACCAAGCCACCGCGUUUCCAAAAACCGAUCUACGAGGUACAGGUUAGCGAAGGUGCUGAGAUUAAUUCCACGGUUACGGUGGUCCAUGCCGAUGAUCCGGAGAACGAUGCGGUUGUCUACUCGAUAAUUUCUGGCAACGAUCUCCGGCAGUUUGCCGUAGGACAGGAGAGCGGAGUGAUUGUAGUCAUCCGGAAACUGGAUCGUGAGAGCUUAACCAGGUAUCAGUUGAUCGUAAAGGCAGAGGACACUGGUGGCCUCUCAAGCAGUGCCACAGUUAACAUCAAAGUGACUGAUAUCAACGACAAAAAUCCGGAAUUCGAUGCGUCUACCUUGCCGUACGUUUUCCAAGUGGAUGAAGGCAAGGCCCAUGCGUCGGUUGGCGUCGUUCAUGCCACGGAUGCGGACGAAGGUAUUAAUGCAGAGAUAACCUAUUCCAUACCCACGGAUAUUCCAUUCACCAUUAACGCCACUUCCGGUGAGAUACAGACCGCCAAGGAGCUGGAUUAUGAGACUCUGAACGAGUACAAGUUCGUGGUCACGGCCAAGGAUGGUGCUCCAGAUGCUCGGCUGGGAACAGCCAGUGUGACUGUUAUGAUACUUGACCUUCCGGACGAGGUGCCCAAGUUCAGCGACGCUCGUAUAGAUGUCCACAUCCCGGAAAAUGAGGAGAACUUCCUGGUGGCCACCGUGCAGGCAUUCGAUCCAGAUUCCUUGCCUGAGAUUACCUACGUUCUGAGGAAGGGAAAUGCGGAGCUAUUCAAGGUCGCCCCGAAGUCCGGAGAAGUACGAACAGUGAAGGGAUUGGAUUACGAAACUCAGAAGCAACAUCAGCUAAUAAUUGGAACCAUUGAGAAUGAUGGUAAUGGACCAGGAGAUACCGUCCAGUUGGUAGUCGAUGUUGAGGAUAGAAACGACCUGCCGCCGAGGUUCAUAACCGUACCCGAUCCCGUAACUGUGAAUGAUGAUCAGAGUAUAGGAACCAUCAUUGCUACUCUUCCAGCCAUCGAUGGUGAUGGCACCUCGCCCGGAAAUGUGGUGCGCUACGAAAUUGUGGGCCGCGGCAAGGCGCCUAAAUACUUCCAGGUUGACCCGGAUACCGGAGCAGUACGCAUACGAGAUGAGCUGCGAAAGGAGGAGGACACGGAAUACCAGGUGGACAUAAGGGCCUACGAUUUGGGUGAGCCCCAGUUGAGCUCGGUGGCUCCGCUGCGCGUGGAUGUACACCAUUUGAGUGCCAAUGGCAACACUGAAGUCCGCACGGACAGCAAGCUGGAAAGCGGCAUGAUGAUGAGCAGUGAAAGCAUAGGCCUAGCCUUCAGCGACGACAGCUACUCUACCAGUGUGCCAGAGUCCACGGAAGUAAACAGCAGCCUGAAAACCAUUCAAAUCGUCAACUCCAAACAAUCCGCCGAUGGACCACCGGCCUUCCGUUGUGAAUUCGUGAAGGGCAACGAGGAGGGAGUCUUCAACUUGAGCUUUACGGAUCACGGAUGCAGUCUUUUGCUGGUGCAGCCCCUCGACUUUGAAAACAAAACCUCGUAUACGCUCCAACUGCGUCUCACCUCGCAUCGCUACUUUGUGAAUCCCCAGAAAGAUACUGCCACCGUCGAGAUUAUAGUUCAAGAUGAGAACGACAAUGCCCCGGAGUUUGAGUUCAACCGGCUGCGCGGCCAACGAGAUACAUUCUACACGGUGGUAACCGAAGACAUGGAUGUUGACACAACCAUUUUACAGGUGCGAGCCACUGACCGCGAUUCGGGUAAAUUCGGAACCGUGAGAUAUGCACUCUACGACGAAGAUGAGAACCGCGUCAAUAUGCCCACAAGCUAUUUCAUAAUGUCGGAAGACACUGGCGUCCUACGGACGUCCAGGCAUUUCAAAAAUGAGAACGACUUCCCCAUGACACUUUUGGUGGAGGCCCGUGAUAAUGAUGCCCAGGAGCAAGGAUCUCAUCGUACAAGGGCCCGGAUUGUGGUCAACAAAUUGACGGACAUUAAUCGCAUGGCAUUGUCCUUUGCCAACGCAGCUCCCAGCGAUCUCCGCAACUUUUACACAGAGGUGGAGGAGCUACUGGACAAGAAGACAGGUCUGGUCAGUGGCAUUGAGCGAAUGAGCAGUCAAAAGUAUCUGGCCCACAAUGGAUCGGUGAUCGAAAAUCCAUCCUCAACGGAUAUAUGGUUCUAUCUCAUCGAUCCCAAGACGGAGCAGCUGCUGAGCCGUAUGGACAAUGUUGUGGAAGCCACAUUACUGGAACCCGCCAAGAGAUCUGAAUUGAACUUUGCAUUGCCACUAGCCACAGCGGAUAAUAUAUCGUUCCCAAUUGAAAGAAAAGAGCAAGUACACAAGGCAAAGGUCGAUAUAGCCAUCGAUAACGAAGUCUUCCCAUUCACUCUGAUCGCCAUUUCUCUCGUAAUACUCAUUUUGGGCACUAUUGGGAUCAUUUACAUAUGCAUCUCCUGGUCAAAAUACAAAAAUUUCAAGGAGCGCAUGCGCCAAUACUCCUCCACGAAUCCCACUCGGUACGAUCCAGUUAUUGUUAAUCCUCAAGCCUCGAGUGCCAGCGAAACGAUAGCCAACAUGAAGGAGUAUGAAACCCAGAUGCUGGCCAUGGCUGUCCCUCCAGAUGUGGACGACGAUCUGCAGCUAGACUUUAGUGCCAAGAACCAUGCCUUCUCCCUCGACAACGUCAGCUACAUCACCCACAAGGAGAAUGGGGGUGGACAGUCCAGCCCCUCGCAUUCUGAUGCAACGACAGCCACAAUUGCCACUCUGCGGCGCCACAAGAACCUCAACAACGCCAAUAUGAACAACAAUUUGGCCAUUAACAACCGACAAAACACCUUCAACCGCACACUCGAAAUGAACACGAGGAAUAACGCCAAUCCCCUGGGCUCACCACCACCGAAUGGUGCCCUUUCAGGCACCUUGACUCUGGGACGCAUCAAGCAUCAGAACAGCAAUCAUUACCAGAAUGGUGUCUACAACAUUGAUCCGACGGGUCCCAACAACCUGGUUAUGGCCAAAAACAAUGCCUACAGUACCAUGGGCAGGCGGGGCAAUACGUUUGGGGACGUGGGAUUGCUCAAUGGAAACGCAGAGUUGAUGAACAGCACAUUGGGUCGGAAUGGCCAGCUCAACAAUAGACUGUAUGGCGGAGAAGUGCCGAUCACAAACCCCCUGUUUCAAAGAGCCAGUUCCGAUCACAAUCACUUGAGCAGUACAAAUGAGAAUGUGUCCUUUGGAAAGAGAGACUACGGCCAAAUUGGCUUUUCAUAUCUGAACGAUUUGGAUCGAUCGGAGGUCGAGACCACAACGGAACUAUAAACUGACUAGCAAAAAUGGUUUCGAAACUUCAACAUAUACAUAACUGACUUUGUUAUAUAUUUAGCUGCCAAUUUUUUAGCUUAAAUAGUGCAUUUUUACACAACGAGAUACGUUGCCAUCAAUUUAUGUUUAUAGUUUUAUGCAAUCUGUAAAUAAUGGAGUAGAGAUACGAACGGAGGAACUGAUAACUGAUAUAAAUAUACACAUAACUGUGCUUUAAGAUCUGCAGUCAUUAGAUUUAAGAUAAAAAAAGAGUGCAUAUAUUCCAUUUUUCAUGAAACUGCAAGAGCUAUGUACUUUCUGUAAAAAUGUUAGAUGUUCUACAAAAAUAUACAUAAAUAUGCAUAUUUAUAAA